CUGUAGUCUCGAAUGGUCCAAUUUGGUGGCCAGUCAUCAAUGCGAACUUUAUUUUCAGCUAUUUUACAGUUGCUGCCUCUGUCGGGGUAAUGUACGAUUGGGGUGAGCAAGACUAAGUAUGAAAAGGCCACUGAUAUCCUUAUGGUAUUCUCAGUGCUUACGUUUGGAAAAGAGGUUGAACUGAUCUGGAGACAACGCUGGUCCUUGAUGACCUUUCUCUAUCUCAGUGUGCGCUAUGCUGGAAUAGGAUAUGCUGUGCUGAUGAUGUUAGACAAUGUUCCAACUAUUUCGAUGACAGAUGCAGUGAGCCUUGUCAUAUAUGACGUAUAUGAUUGGACGGGUGACGUUGUAGACGUAAUACUGGGCGUCAUCAUGAUCACUCGGUUGCAUGCCAUGUAUCAGCGAUCCAGAAAGGUGCUGAUAUUUCUCGUUGUCAUCUUUCUGGCCAUCAGAAUCGCCAACGCAGUGAUGGCCACAAUGCUUACGAUGCAGAUUUCAGGGGAGGAAUACAUUCUCUCCGGCACCUAUCAGUGCACGAUUUCCUAUGUGGGAGAAGUCCAAAUUUUGACUGUCAUGACUUGGAUACUUGGCACUGUAUGGGAGGUCCUUGCACUGUGUCUCGCGGUGUGGAUUGCUGUAAAACACUUCCGUGAACUGCGACAACACUCAACAAGUGGUAUUAUCGGAGACUGUUUUGUGGUGCUAAUGCAAACUCACGUUAGUUAUUUUGCAAGUUUUCUGGCUAUCUCUUGCUUCGAGAUCGGUGAAUUCUCUCCAACACUCUCAGUGGACAUAUACUCCCUGGACAGUCAGAUUUAUCUUGGUCUCAGUCAGAUAUUCAAGUUCGUGGAGCUGUUUGUGCUAGGACCACGCCUGAUCCUCGGUGUUCGAGAAUAUCACGCUGAGCUCGUGGCCAACUCUGAUACAGCAACCGCUAUGGCUUCAAUUGCUUUUCAGGAGCACGUCCAUGUGUCAACCAGUAGUAGUGUGUAGCACAGGGGAUGCUCGAUAUGAUUGAUUUGCGAAGGGCACAGGGAGCGGGAGAAUUUAUUUUAUUUAUUCCAGAUUUUUGUCGUGGUACUUAUUUAUGUAAGUUGCGAAGUAGGUCAUACAAAAGCUUUUGGCGAACUAUGAGUAGAGAACUCUCCCUAACGCUGAUGUUCACGUACUCAAUCUCACCAG